GGUGACCCGCCACCCACGCGUGUCCCCAGGGCGUGGAGCUGAGCUCGCUGCGGGGACUCAACUUCAGCAUGAUGGAGACGGAUUGUGCCGCCAGCGCCCGCAUCAGCCCCGACGACUGCGACUUCAAAGAGAACGGGGCCAUCAAGGAGUGCUCGGGGACGUUGCAGCUUCAGCAGGGCUCCCCCGAGAUCGACCUGAGCUGCUUCGAUGCCUCCUCCGAUCCGGUUCUGAUCCAGCGCGGCCGCUUCGGGCGCUUCCUGGGCAAGAUCCGGCACUUUCGGCCCAGGGUCAAGUUCGACGUCCGCCUGAAGGGCUCCGUGGGGCUGGGCUGAGCAAUAAAGGGGCCACUGGGAGUGGCCAUGUGGGCA